AUGAGAUUACGUAGAGUGGUCACUGCGCGACGCUCAGGGCGCAUUGGUCGCUCGGCUGGCCGUGCUCGAAAUCAAGAACACCGAGGUGGUCCACAAGGGGGAUUUCAGGCCCGCCGCUGCCGUGGACGAGCAGACCGUGGAGGCGAAAUUGGUCCAGGCACUGAACGAGAGCAGUUUGACGCUGCUGAAGAGCAAUGCCGUGUGGCUCCCAAGCAGGCCGGCAAGUACUCCAAACAUUGCCGCUAUGUGGCGGUCUUCGAUUGGGAUGCCAUGUUCAUCUUCAGCUUCCCGUCCGCUCAAACCAACCGACCGGUGCGAGGACUGUACUUCGAUGAAUCCGGGCGCACCGGGGGCAUGACGUUCCGGCGACUACUGUUUGCCUUUGUGGUUCGAGCGUUGAGGAGAACCAAAGCGCUUCAAUUAGGAAGGGGACAGGAGGAUCCGUGAUCUUAUAUGCAUGACUGACGG